AUCUCGGCCAGCUAAAAAGGAGACGAUGGACGCGAAGACGUUGAUACUGUUGACCGUGGCCGUGGCCAUAUUCGCCUGCCACACGAUCGCACAGCCACAUUACAUUGAGGUGUCCGAGGAAUCAGAGGAAUGGUGUCCACCAGAAAAUAACAAUACCGAUAAUAACAAUCCGAAUAGAACCGAUCACGACUCCGCCCUGUGCGCCAACUUCCAGCACAUUCGCGCUAUGAUCAAUCAGGAGGCCCUGCUCAAUCUGAUCGAGGUGCACUACAAUUGUGAUCUGAAGUUCCGCCGCGCCAUGCGGUACUACAACACAGCCGGAUUCGAGAGGACCACCCAGCAGCUCACGGAUACGGAUGCCUACAAGACCGUUCUCAAGGAACUGCAGUCGGAGAGCGUGGAUACCGCCGACAUUGAGACCGUGGCGGAUAUCUUCCAUUGCAUCAUACUGCCCGUCCGCCAGCCCGAUCGCAACUGCGACUGCAAGGCCGUGAAGCACCACACCUUCGUCGGCGAUCUGCUCUCCAUCAUGCCGAAGCAGGAGGUGCACAACUAUGUGGCACAGUCCCAGGCGAAUCACACCAACUUCGGCAACUUCACCAAGGCGGUGGUCUCCAAGCAAUUCCAGGCCACGCUCAAGGCCAACAUUAACAAGCGCGACGUGGUGAAGCCACUGCGCACCCUGCGCAAGAACGGCUGGGACAUCCCAGAGCUGCUACGCGCCAUGCUGACCAUCUUCCAGUGGUGAGUGGAGUACUCGUAGCCGGAGUGGAGUAUUCAAUGUGUCUCCAUUGUAUGUAUGUAAGCCCAAUAAAGCAACAAGUGAAAGGAAACUGUUCCGCAGAAGCG